CACGAAAGAGGUCAAGAACCCGCGUAAGAAAACAGAAUGAGGAAAGGGGGCGGCAGCACAAAAGCAGCGAAAGCGCUUCUUGAGGUCUGUAAGGAUCACUUAUGACCUUCGCGGUGCGAGUAAAACAAGCAUCAACCGACACCAAAACUACAUCACGCGUCACGACAAUGCCAUCCCUCCUCAAGAAACUCAUCUACGGUAAAAAGCUCUCAAACCCUUACGCCGACCCCUACCACCCAAGCCAUACACACACCUCAGACCCAAAGGCCUCCUCAACGUCAGGCAUAUACGCUCAACCACCAGAGCACCUCUCAAAUCACGGCCAUGCUAAGAGUUUUCCGUCAUCUACGCGUGUGGUCGCACCUCCACAAGGCUCAAAGAACUCCCUUGCCGAGGCACGAGCGAUAGCUGGCCGCGACCCGGUGACCGGCCAGCGCGUCCCACCACAACAAUUCGCAAGUUAUGUCGCGGCAAGCGGCACUACGAUAUCGUCAACACCACUGGGGAAUUCGCAACCGGGUGGGCAUGUGCAGGCGCGGGACGGGCCGAAUCUAUGGUGUACCGUUAACAUUUUGGGGAAUCCGUAUUUGAAUGGUGGGGCGGCAGCCAUGAGUCGGGAUUUAAGAGGUGGUGGUGUGGGUGACGAUAGCAGGGUGGAUCAUGCGGGGAUCUUUGUACAGAAUGAGGGGGAGAGGACGGUGAAUAGACAUGAUGUCGACGUGAGAGGGAAGGAGGAAGAGAUGAGUAGAGCAGCCACGGGUGGGACGAACACGGAGUUUUAUGCACCGGAAAGGCCGAUGAUAAGUGAGUUCUAUUCAGGCGGUAUCAGGGAUUAAUUGGUGUUUUGAUUGAUUCGUUAUGGAUACUUAUGUAUUACAAUCUUGUCUUUAUGUUCUGAUGGAUGGUAAUGAACCACAUUCGUUUUGGAUGUCACCAAGGUCCCGGGCGAUGUUUCCAGAACUUUUUCGCCUGCCUAACUCUGACUCAGGCACGGGAAGUGAAUGAGGCGAUUGAGGUUCCCGAGGCUGAUCACAAUCCUCAGUCUUAUCACAAUCUUCUGAGAUUUUCAACAUUUUCUGUUGGACUAAGUCAAGAAGGUCGCAGAAAAGUUUAGUAAAAUGGC